AUGACGAUCAAGGCACUGAAGACAGUGUCACAGGGCCAGAACGGCCUCGGCGCCUUCAUCUUGCAGUGCAAGAAGCUCGAAUUCCACUUUUGCGAUUGGGCCGGAAGCUCCAAGGGCAUGAACGGCUUCAUCAAGUCUCAGCUCCCCAAAUUCGCCGCCGCGCACCCCCAGAUCGAGAUCUCCGUCUCCCCGCGACCUGCGAAACAUCCUACCAUCGUCGGCCACUACAUCAACGGCAACUCGCGAUCCCUUCUCGUCAAGAACAUGCAGCCGAUGGACAUUCUCAGGGCCGCCGAGUCCAUGCGAGACACCAAUGGCGAAAAGCUGCGGAGAGCCAACAAGCCCGUCACCAGUAUCAAUCCCAGCGUCAGAGGCAUCUGGAGUCCUUAUCACGGCAACGGCGAGGCGGUGUAG